AUGGGUGGUGUAACGGUUUUACCGGCUGGAGACUUUAGGCAGACUCUACCAGUAGUACCAAAAGGGACCAGAACUGAUGAAGUCAAGUCAUGUCUUAAAAGAUCUAUUUUAUGGCCUAAGAUUAAUAUACUCAAACUGUCAAAAAAUAUGAGGGUACACUUGGGAGAGGAAAAGUUUGCUGGUGGAUUUGCAGAUCUUUUACUUGAAAUUGGCAAUGGUGAUUAUCCAUCGUUUGAUGAAAUGAUAACUAUACCAGAAAAUUUGUGCACAGUUGUAACUACGGUUCAGGAUUUAAUAUCAAAAAUGUAUCCAGAUAUUGCUCAUAUUCAUGAUAAGCCUAUGGAAUGGUUGUGUGAACGUGCUAUACUCACUCCAAAAAAUGACCAAGCGGUGGCUAUCAAUGAUACACUGCUGAUGUCUUUUGAAGGGGAAGAAAAAGUAUAUACUUCGAUAGAUACGGUGGUCAACAUGGACGWUGCAACUAAUUAUCCGGUUGAAUUUUUAAAUUCAUUGAAACCACCGGGCAUGCCAUAUCAUAGGCUUAUUAUGCGUGUGGGCACACCUAUUAUGUUGUUGCGAAAUUUGAAACCGCCUAAACUGUGCAAUGGGACCAGGCUUAAUGUCAAAGCUUUACAUCGCAAAUCGCAAUAUAGUAGAAGCCACAAUUUUAACAGGAUGUGCAAAAGGGGAAACUGUGUUUGUAUCACGAAUCCCUUUAAUUCCGAAUGA